UAUUUAAGAAAUAAAAAAUCGUUGGACACAGAGAGCAACUUUUAAUCACAUGACAAGCUGGACACUCCACAGGAAGUUGCGUCAGUUCCUCAUUGUGGCACUGACGUGUCUGAUCGCAGUGUGGAUUUUGAAGGCAGUAUCGGGUUCAUUCGCGUUUGGCCAAGAUGCUGGACUUCUUCGCCAUCUUCAGUAAGGGGGGAAUCGUGCUGUGGUGUUUUCAGGGAGCCGGUGUCAGUGAAUCGUUCACCGGUCCUGUCAACGCUCUUAUCCGCUCCGUGAUCCUCCAGGAGAGGAGUGGGAAUAACUCCUUCACCCACAAUGCCCUCAAUCUUAAAUACAAGCUGGACAAUGAGUUUGAGCUUGUGUUUGUGGUGGGUUUUCAAAAGAUCUUGACGUUAACAUACGUGGACAAGUUUAUAGACGAUGUCCAGCUUCACUUCAGAGAUCGAUACAAGAAUGAGCUUGAGAGGAAAGGUGCUCUGAAGUUUCUGCUCAAUAACUUUGAGUUUGGAGAUGACUUCCACCAACUUCUUAAAGAGGCGGAGGGCAGCAGCAAAGCUAAAGGCCCCAGCUAUAUGAGGACUUUCAAUGAGUCUCUGAAAUCCCAGAAAACUGUGAAGUCUAUGAUUGAGACAAGGGAUGGAGACAAAAGCAAAGAGCAAGGAGGGAAGAAAUCGAAAAACACCAAAAAAGAAGCUGAAUCAGUGGUGGAUCAGUCCAAAGCUGCCCCGCAAACUGCCUCCAAAAAGACGGUGGAGAACGGAAGCGAGGCUCUGACCCCAGAGGAGAUCAUUGAGAGAAACCGUGCCAAGUUCAUCAGUAAGCAGUUGGGUGGAGUAAAACCCGAAAAGUCCAGUAAGUCCCCCAAACCCCAGAAACCAAAGGGGAAGGUUAAACGCGUUUGGGAUAUGGGUGGAAGGAACACUGGAGAUCUGGACUACAGUGGAGCCAACGGGAACAACUCCGGUGACACGCAGACCCAAGACAAAGAUGAACCACUGAUGCAGGUGGACUCAAUGAAAGGUGACCUGCGAGGGGUUGACUAUGAGUCAUCAGAAGAAGAAGAGCAGGAGGAGGAAGAGGAGGAGGAGAGAGUUGUGGUGGCAAACACUAACAAGAAAGGGGCUAAAAAGGGCGGAUUUGGGGGAAUGUUUGGAAUGCUGAAGGGUCUGGUUGGAUCUAAAAAUCUGUCUCAGGAGGACAUGGAGCCAGUACUGGAAAAGAUGAGGGACCAUCUCAUCGCCAAGAAUGUAGCUACUGAAAUAGCCUCCCAGCUAUGUGAUUCUGUGGCCAAAAAACUGGAAGGCAAAGUCAUGGGCACUUUCACCACUGUGGCCUCUACGGUAAAGCAAGCGCUGCAGGACUCGCUGGUGCAGAUCUUGCAGCCGAAGCGUCGCGUGGACAUCUUGAGGGAUGUGCUGGAGGCUCGUUCCCAGCGCAAACCUUUCGUCAUCACCUUCUGUGGGGUGAACGGCGUCGGGAAGUCCACCAACCUCGCCAAGAUCUCUUAUUGGCUGAUUGAGAAUGGCUUCUCUGUGCUCAUCGCCGCCUGCGACACUUUUCGAGCGGGUGCCGUGGAGCAGCUGAGGACUCAUCAGCGCCGUCUGAAUUCUCUGCACCCCCCUGAGAAACACGGGGGGCGCGCCGCCGUGCAGCUGUAUGAAAAGGGUUACGGCAAGGAUGCGGCCGGAAUCGCCAUGGAAGCCAUCGCCUACUCUCGUAACCAAGGAUUGGAUGUAGUGCUGAUUGAUACAGCCGGUCGGAUGCAGGAUAACGCCCCUCUGAUGACCGCUUUGGCUAAGCUGAUAGCAGUCAACACUCCAGACCUGGUUCUGUUUGUGGGAGAAGCGCUGGUGGGCAAUGAGGCUGUGGAUCAGCUGGUUAAAUUCAAUCAAGCGCUGGCUGAUCAUUCCAAGACCGAGAAACCCAGACUGAUAGAUGGCAUCGUUCUUACCAAGUUUGACACCAUCGAUGACAAGGUUGGAGCUGCCAUCUCCAUGACCUACAUCACAGGUCAGCCCAUCGUGUUUGUGGGUACAGGACAGACGUACAGCGAUCUGCGCAGCCUCAACGCGAGGGCCGUGGUCAGCGCGCUCAUGAAGGCCUGAGCUUUAGAUCUGCUUCUGGAAGUCAAGCAUCUUCCAAAAUUUUGCUUCAAACUAGAUCUCGUGACCCCAGCUCAGCUUCCGUCGAAUGCAGACCUCCCUACGUGUUGAAAAUCUCCACACAUAUAAAAUAACUGAAAUUCAGUUCAUAUCCUUUCCUAUUAAGGAUCCUUAUUGUGUUUUGUUUCAGAAAGUGUUUAGAAUUCAAUUCAAGGACUGGUAAUAAUGUGUAUCAUCUCGCCUCUGGACCAACCAAAGCAAAUUACUUUUGAUUGAUAUCCAAUGUAGCCAAUCAGAUAAGAGAGAUUACAGUUAAACCUGACCAUUUCAUUAUUUAGUGGAUCUUCUUCUGACCUCCUACCCCACACUAUCAUUAAAGUGAUGGAAAGCAUUUUUGCACUUUCCCUUUUUAAUUCACUAUGCUAAACUGUCUGUUCCUGCCCAGACUAUCAAUAGGGUGGGUGGGGUUCAUAUGUUAUAAGAGAGAUAUAAUAUAUAUAUACUAAAUGUAUUUUGCCUACUGUUAAUUUGAUUAAUGCAGGUAAACGACAUUCAUAUAGUCUGCACCACAAACUGUUGUUUUCAUGAAUUAAUUUCAUGAAUACCGUAGUGCCUCAGGCUCUGCUCAAUCCCAUGAUGCAUUGCUCCCACAGCACACGUGAUGCAGUCAUACAUUGUUUGUCCCAACUCUUUACUCUCAAACUUUGACUUCACAAAUGCUGCAUUUUCUCAUUUUUCUUACACAUACAAUGAUUUUUUCAUCAUUGGUUUCAGACCUUUCAUGCUUUAAAAGGAGUGUAUUAAAAUGUGUUGAAAGAUUUGGCAGUGUGAAGGGCAAUUUAUGCCAAAAACUGUAACUCAGUGCAACUCAAAUGGUUUCUUCCCCCCUUAUUUAUGAUGUUCAUCUUUACUCAUCACAGAUAUUUCAAUCUUGAUCGAUUUGUUUUGAUGGACUCCUAGAUAGUUUUGAAUACAAAGUAACAUUUUAAUCAAUAGUGACUAUACAGAUGUGUUUUAUUUUGUCAAACCCCUUCGUUAUUUUAAACUCAGUUCUUCUCCAUUAUCAGGUUAAUUUGUGCUAGCACAAAAGCAAGACUGGAUAGCGAGUAUUUGUUGUUCUUUAAGAAUAUGUAAUAUUUCCUAAAUAAAGCUGCUAUAAUAGUCUUA